AUGGACCCUUGGACCCAAUCCCACAAUGGUCCUAUUGAGGGCUCGUGGGUCAGGCGCCACCUCACACUCAUCGCCGUUGUAGCUUUAAAGCGCUUCCGCCCACAUGCGUCGUCUGUACUCUUCCUUACAAACGGCCUGUGUGUCAAAUAUAGCCCAUUCCAACACCUUUCCGAUGCCGCCACCAUGCAGUACAUCGCCUCUCAUACCUCUAUACCCGUUCCUAAAGUACACUGCGCUUUUGAAAGGAAGGGAACUACAUACAUCGUCAUGUCACGAAUAGCGGGCUCGCCAAUUGGCCACGAAUGGGAACAAAGACCUAAAGAAGGCGGGAUAAGUGCGUCCCCAGAACAGAUCCCGGAAGUCAACGAGUUGAUUAAGAAGCAAGAGAGCUCUCAAUCCUCCACCCGCUUUACACAUGGCGACUUGAAUAGUAUGAACGUGCUUGUCAAGGGAGACGAUGUAGUAGGCAUCAUCGACUGGGAUACGGCUGGCUGGUAUCCAGAGUACUGGGAAUAUACUACCGCUUCCAAUGUCAGCCCGUACAAUGAGUUCUGGAAGGAUGAGAUCUGCAAGUUUCUUGAACAAGUCAGACAGAAAUACUUCGGAGCAUUUUAAUCUGAUGAAGGACCAGCCUUGCUCUGUGAAUAUGUCUACUAUCUGCCCGG